AUGGCCAGGAUCUUGCUCGCCCUCGUCCUAUGGGCACCCCUCUGGCUCGGCGCACUCGCUGCCGCCGCCGUUUCCGACACCGGCGCCGCCCCCGCCGACCUGCCUGCCAACCCGCCCGCCAACCCGCCCGCCAACCCGCCCGUCAACCUGCCCUACCUCACGCCCGACAUCACCGGCUUCACCCCGACCAAGGGCCAGUACGUCGUCGAGGAAGGCGAGUACGCCGCCAAGUACUGCUCCUGGCUCGGCGCCUCGUUCCCGCGCCUGGCCAAGGGCUACAGCAUCAAGCAGGGCUCCAGCUUCGGCCACUACUACCCGGGCGGCUCCAACCCGUCGCUCGAGCUCCUCGUCCAGACCUACCCCGCCGGCAUCAUCAACGCCACCGUGGCCACAAAGGUGCCCGACAUCCUCAAGCUCGUCGGCCCGGACAUUGACCUGUCGCGCGAGGAUGCCUACGGCAGGAUGACGCCCGAGCUCGCCAACCACCGGCCCCUCGGCGGCCUGCCCCCCUUUUGCAGGUUCGGCGCCGUCGUGCGCACCAGCCAGCUCACCGAGACCCUGUUUGAGGUCUGGCUGCCCGUCAGGAUGGUGCCCGGGUCGCCCCUCGUGCCCUUCAACCAGAGCGACUUCCCCACAAACUCGACCCCCAUCUACAUCAACAGCCAGGGACAGCUGGUCCAGGUCCCGCUCGGAUUCAACGAGACCAAGCCGGCCAAGACCAAGUCGACGUCCAAGGACGACGCCGGCGGCGCGACCGACAAGCCCGCCGACGGCGACGCAUCCAAGCCCACCAGCGACGACCCUGGCAACGCCACCGGCGGCACCGAGACUGGGACUGCGGCCAAGGACGGAUCCGAGGCCAACGGUACCGCUGGCGAAAAGCAGCCCAUCCAGCAGCAGGCUGGCGAGUCGUCGACAGACCCCAAGCAAAAGUCGGGCGUCUCAGCCUCCAGCCCAGCCGACCAGAAGACGGCUCCGGCCGAGCAGCUCAAGGCCAAGGGCGCCACGGUCCCGCAGGACGGUGCCGCCUCGCCGCCCGCCUUGCGCCGUGUCAAGAAGCGCGCCAACGGACACGAGGCAAGCAGCAGCGGCAAUGGCGGCGGCGGCCACGGCCAUGCUGGCAGCCACGCUGACGGCCACGCUGACGACCACGACUCGUGCCUCGACGGCGACGAGGUGCUCGGCAAGGGCACCGGCUGGAACGGCCGCAAGGUGCACAUCAACAACGGCGGCCAGCGCGGCUUUGUGCCGCUGCCGGACCUCAAGCAGCUGCUGGCGCGCUACGGCUUCGCCGUCAGCGGCAGCAACGCGGGCCACUUUAGCGCCACGUCCGAGGUCAAGUGGGUCGUCGGCCCGCAGCGCGUCGAGACGAUCAAGGACUGGUCCUACCGCUCCCAGUACGUCACCACGGAGCUGUCGCAGCAGGUCGUCGACCUCUUUUACGGACCCACCAGCGGCGUGCGCGUGCCGGCCAAGUGCGAUGGCGGCGACGACGGGCAGGGCCAGGGCCAGAUGGACGACUUCAAGUCCUCGAGCGGCGACAACGACGACGACAGCGACGCCCGCCAGACGCUCGCCAAGCGGGCCAGGCGGCCUCUGCCUGCCGCCGCGUGCGGCCAGCGCGUCUACAGCUACCUCUUUGGCGCGUCCAACGGCGGCGGCUCGGCCUUCAGCGCGCUCCAGAUGGUCGGCCCCAAGUGGGACGGUGCGCUGAUUGGCGCGCCCUCGCUGCGCUUCUCGGACACCAACUUUGCGCAGCUCGAGCUGGCCAAGACGCACCGCGCCGGCUCGGCGGGCGACGGCGUCUUUAAUGCCACCAUCUUUGGCGGCCCGUUCCACGAGGCCGUGCUGGAGCAGUGCGACGCGCUCGACGGCGUGCGCGACGGCAUCCUCACCGAGCCGUGGAAGUGCCGCCUCGACUUCCGCCGCGCCAUCCAGUGCGGCGGCGGCGGACGCUACUCGGACGACGACAAGGUGUGCUUCACCCAGCUCCAGGUCGACAACCUGCGCAAAAUCUUCGAGGACUGGAAGUACGAUGGCCAGGCCUUCUACCCUGGUUGGCCGCUCGGCUCCGAGGGCUCGGCGGAGCGGUACAAGAACACGGCGCUCAAGGCCAUCGAGUGGUACCAGCUGGCGGUGCAGGGCAAGACGCACAACGACACCGACCUGGCCUACUCGAACGGCAGCGACGGCGGCGGCUUCCACAUCGCCGACGUCGAGUACGCGCGCCGGCUCAAUGUCGGCAACUCGAACUUUGCCCUGACCGAUCUCUCGGCCUACCUGGGCGGCGGCGGCGAGGCCAAGGCGGCGACGCAGGGGGGCAAGAUCAUGCACUAUCACGGGCUCGUCGACCUGCAGAUCAACCCGAUCCCGAGCAUCGACUACUACCGCUCGGUGCUGUCGGACCCGGCCAACGGGGGCGAGGAGCGGGUGCGGGACCAGUACCUGCUGUACACGAUCCCGGGCAUGGACCACUGCCGGGACGGACCGGGUGCGUGGCAUUUUGGCGGGCCUACGCAGAACGACGCGGGUAACCGACCGCUGCGUUUCGACACCAAGCACGACAUGGUCCUCUCGCUGCUGGCCUGGACCGAACGCGGCCUGAAACCGACCUACCAGAUCGGAGCGGGCUACGACUCCAAGUCGAUUGUGCUGCCCGUCGACGGCGGUAAGAAACCGGCAGACUCGGACCUCAUCCCCACCCGCUUUGAGAGCUUUGACCGCGGCGUACGCCUCACGCGCCUCCACUGUCCCUGGCCCCAGGUGGCGCGGUACGACGGAAAAGGCCCCACGACGGGCCCAGAGGCAUGGAAGAGCUUCCGAUGCGCUUAG